AUGGCCACACAGACCGAAGCCCUCGCCGGCAUCGAAAAUCACGUCCGCACCAACGUCCCCAAAGAUAUUAGCGACAUCAUCUUCACCGCCGUCUCCGACCACAAAGCCACCUUUGACCUCUCCAAGGUCAUCCAGCCCGGCACCUCCUUCCCCGCCUUCUCCCUCCCCAACGCCGUCGGCGCCUCCGUCUCCCUCGACGCCCUCCUCGCCUCCGCUCCCAAGGGCGUGCUCCUCACCUUUUACCGCGGCGAGUGGUGCCCGUACUGCAACAUUGCGCUGUCCUUUCUCCAAAAGCACGCCGCCGACUUUGCGGCCAAGGGCGUCGUCGUCGUCGCCGUCUCGCCGGAGCUGCCCACCACGUCGCUGACGACGGUGGAGAAGAAUGAGCUGCGGUACGAGGUGCUCUCGGAUGAGGGCAACGCGGUGGCGCGCAGGCUGGGCCUGGUCUGGCGCCAGUUUGACUCGCUGGCCGAGGUGUCGAGGGCAAUGGGCGUCGACCAGGUCGCGCGAAACGGCGACGACUCGCGCGAGCUUCCCGUGCCGGCCAAUAUCCUGAUUGACAAGGCGGGUGUGGUCAGGAAUGUGCAUGCCGACCCGGACUGGAGCAAGAGACUGGAGCCGAGCGUGAUGCUGCAAUGGGCCGAUGCUCUGUAG